UAACAUUAAUGUAAUGUUCCUCUUCUAAUGAAUCUACCAUUAAUGAUUAUAGUUUUUAUUUAGUACAUCAUCAUCAUUUGUAUAUAUAAAUUUUAUAAAAUUGCACAAAUAUGAGCUGAAAAUGGGAUAUGAAGUAAUAAAUCAUUCAGAUCCAACUAAAGUGAAAAUAAUCAUUAAAAGUACCCAAAAUAUUUUAAUGAGUAACAAUAGCUUGUCUAAACAUAAUAGCAUACAAUCAAAGGAAACUUUAGGUGAUAAAAUUAAUAACAAGAAUAAAGAUAUAAAUGAUAACAAAGUUACUAAAAAGGCCUGUGAUAAAACACCGACUCAUCAAACUAGCAUAAAAUCUUUUACAAAACCUAACAUCCCACCCUAUACAAGUCCUCCUCUUACUUUUUCAAAUCACACUAAAAAGGACAAAAAUUAUCAAAAACAAUUAGUAACAGAUUAUUUCACUGUUGUUAAAAGAUCAAGUUUAAGAAAAUGUAAAACAGAUAUAGAGAAUGAAAAAAAUAAUCAAUUAGAAGAACAGAUAAUAUCACAAUUUGAAGAAGGAUUAAAGAUCGUUGAAUUACCCGGUAAAGGUAGGGGUGUUUUAGCUGAAAAAAAGUUUUACAGAGGAGACUUUAUCGUCGAAUAUGCUGGUGAUUUAAUCGAUUUGAAAGAAGCCAAACUUAGGGAUACUAGAUACAAAUUGGAUAGAAACAUAGGUUGCUAUAUGUAUUACUUUGAAGUCGCUGGCAAACAUUACUGCGUGGACGCGACCCCAGAAACUGACCGAAAAGGUCGAUUACUCAAUCAUAGCUGCAAAACCUUCAACUGUAAGACUAAAGCCGUUUGGGUCAGAAAACUCAAACUCCCUAAGCUGAUUCUUAUGGCGACUCGUGACAUCGAGAUAGGUGAAGAAUUGUUGUACGAUUAUGGGGAGAGGGACAAGGAAGCUAUUAAAGCUCAUCCAUGGCUCAAGGAAUAAAAAAAAUAUUCGUUUAAAAUUCCAGAAUGUUCCCUUUUUCCGAAACUUUCUUAGCAGAAUUAUUUAUUUAUUAAAUCCCUAUGCAGAAAUGAUAAGUCUUUUGACUUCCGUUUCUGUCUUUAAUUUUUUGAAAAUUUAUAUAACAAAUAAUGAUAACUUUUGGCAGAACAUCAUAUUGCUAUAUCGCCGAGAUACACUUUCCCAUAAGUAUGAUUUUACAAGAGUAAUCAAAAUAUAAAAUGAUGAAUGAAUAUAUCAAAAAUAUGCUAUAUACUCUACUCGAUUCAUAUUUAUAAAUUAUAUAUAAACACGCGGAAACCAGUAUUUUAUUAUCCAUGAUUCUAUUUCGGUGA